AUGGAGGACAAAGCUAAUUAUUUUAUCAGUCUUGUUGAGAAGUCUUUGCAACCUAAUCAAGAAUUAAUCAAUCAAGCGACAGAAGAGCUCUUUAAUCUCAAAAAUGAUCCAGAUUACUAUAAAAUAUUAUUAUUCGUUAUCCAAGCAAACGGGAAGGAUACAAAAUCAGCAUUAACAUAUCUUUUAAAAUACAUUAGAGAAAGUUUAAGUACAUUUCCUCCAGAAAUUUCGAAUGAGAUUUAUCAAUUCUUUGUACAAUACGCAGCAGCUGGUGUUGAAGAUCAAUAUCAAAUAGACGUUUCAGAAAUAUUGUUUAUUUUACAAAAAUCAAUUAGCGAUUGGGAAAAUUACAUUCAAUUUGUUCUAAACUGCGAACCAUCAUUAGCUUUGAGGCUUUUAAACAGUUGCUCAGUUGCUUUGGACCCAACAAUCAUUGAAGCUCAUGGUCCACAACUUUUAAUGUUGGCCUCUCAAGUUUUUGAAGCUACACAACUUAAACAGAUCAAAGAAAUUACUUCCAUUAUAUUAAUGUGCGACGAUCUACCUUGUUUUUCAGAAUUUACACAACAAGGAUUAAUUAUUAUCGAAACAGGCUUUACAAACCUUUCAGAGAAACCAGAUGAUGCAAUACAUUCAUUAUCAAUGAUCUUGGCAUCCUUAAUUUCUCAUCAAUUCAUCAGUGAAGAGUAUUUUGCAAAAUAUCUUAAUGAAUUCAUCCAAAAUCAAGAAACAUUAGGUGUUGAAGCAUGCCAACAGUUUAUUGAUGGUGUGACAGAUGUAAUAGAUGUUAUUUCCGAAGAAACUCUUCUUGCAUAUGUUAAUUUCACUUUUGAAAUAAUUCUUAAACUUUUAGACAACGAUGGCAAGAUUUCCGAUGAUGUUUUCUUGAAUAUAUCAGGUGCUAUUCAAACGCGCAACAUCGGAAAUUACAUAUACGAGAAAGCCAUCGAAUUUGGUCAAUCACAAGAUUCUAUUUCCAAAAAGAUUUUGUCUAUUUGUUUGAUUGGAGUUUUGAUUGAAUACGGACCUGAUUCUAUUCAAGCAACUGUUGAAGAACUCAAGUAUUUCUUCAACUCUGCUGUUGAGACUAACGAUGAGUUGAUUGUCCAGCAGACAUUGCAUGUAAUGGCAAAAUUCAGUCAGGCGCCAACAAAAUUCAUGUCAAUUUUAAUCGACUUUUUGAGAAUUUGUUUUGACAAAAUUGUUGACGAAGAUGAAGCGACAAGGACAUUGGCGUAUUCAACAGCAGGUGAAUUGAUAGAAGCAGAAGAUGACAGUGAAACAUUCGCUACCAUUUUCGAAAUAAUUUGGUCAAAACAGUCAGAAGUUCGUGAAGAAAAUUUGACAGAUUACAUAUCGUUGGUGUCAAAAAUUCUUGGAAAUUCAGAGGAUAUCGAUGAUGAAAAAAUUGACGAAAUAUAUGAGUGGCUUGACACAAUUACAUCUGAAGAACGUGACAUCGAUGUUCGCUCUUAUUCAUUGUUAGUUAUUGGUGCAUUGAUGGUCGCCCAAAACUCUUUUAUUGAUGAUUUAGUAACAAUUGCAUCUGAUAUCAUAACUCAAACUUUACAAGGUCAAAAUGUCAAUGAUGAUUACAUUUGCAACUGUUUCAAUUUCAUGAAAACAAUCUGCAGUACAUUCAAAGCAGAUGCAGCACCUGUAAUUGAACCUUUCCAACAGAACCUUGAUGAUAUAUUACAACAUCCAGAGUCAGGAGAUGAAGAAUCCCGUGUUUUCCUGGAUGCAAUGAUUGCGGCAAGUUUUUACAUCGGUUAUUCUGGAAAUUUGUCACUUUUACAAAUAACCGUUCAAUGCAUCAUCAAAACAUUUGAGAAUUCUGUCUUUUCAUCAACCAUAAAUGCAUGUAUUGCAGCAAGUGUUAUUUCAAAGGUCUUCAAUCCAUCACAAGAUGAAGAAAUGAAUAAUUUCUUGCAUACAAACAUAGUUAAAAUAUAUGAUUUGUUGUCUGAUUGUGUAAUUAAGAGUCCAGAAACUGAUAUAAUGGAAUGCGCAUUCCAAGCAUUGAAGAAAACUUACAAGAAAGGUUUCUUGUUCGAAAAAGACCAUUUUGUUGAAGUUGCAAUCGAUAUUAUUCAAAAAUUCUUCGAUGGACAACUCAAAGUUUUCGAAGGAGUACCUGCUUUGGAGAGUCCUGUAACAAAUAUUGUUGCUGAGCCUUUCUGUGAGUUUGUUGGCAAAGUUUUGCAAUUAAACUUGCCACAAGCAAAUGAUAUUGCUGGAUACUUACUUAAAUGGCUCAAGAAUGCAGAAGGAAUGUUGGUAAUGUAUCCUAUUACAGGAGCUUUAUCUGAUGCAAUCGAAUUCUGCACAAUUGAUCCACAAAUACCAACAGAAUUCUGUGAAUAUAUCAUUUCUAUUGCAGGUCAAAUUGAUGAUCCUGAUUUGCAGCAUAAUCUUUCUUAUUUCUUGUCUCUCAUUGUUAGAAGGUUCCCCAACUUGCAUGGAAUGGUCAGUGGAAUGCUUCCUUACGUGCAGAAUUGGUUUGCUACAGCUAUUGAACAAGAAUCAGGAUACAAAGAACUUAUUGCUAAUAUUGUUUCCUUCUUCUUAUCAGUUGCAUCUGUUGAUGCAUCAUUCCCUGAAGAGUAUUUGCAGACAUCUUUGAGAUACUUCCCUCCUGCAGAUUUGGCUGAAACUGAAACCCAAAUUGAAUUAAUUGUUUCUAUUUUCAAGAGAAGCUAUUCAUUGGAAACAACUGCUCAGGCAGCUAUUGCACUUUCCAAGUUCUUUGUAGAGGCUCCAGCAAAAUCUGUAAAGAGAAAUGUCCCUGAAAAUGUUGUUUCUCAAGGAAAGGCAUUGUUCAAGACAUUAUGUAUGCAGAGCCAGGAUAUUUUGGAUGCUGUAAUGGGCAAAUACGCAAAUCAACGCCAGAAGAAGGCUAUUUUGCAACGAAUCCUUCAAUAA